GAGCUCAUCCCCCAAAGCCUGGCACAGGGGUGUUGAAUCCGCUUUGCCUCCCUUCUUCAUCUGGGGCCCCUGGCUGUUCCAGUUUCCCCUCCCUUCCAAUCCAUCCCGGCAACCUUCUUCCUGACCCUUACACAGAACUACAAGUGAGGCAGGCAUCAAUAGCAAUGAGUGUAGAUGGCAAGUCACAUGUGUCUUUUUGUUUCUAAAGUCUGUGCUAGUAGCUACUUAGCAACAAGAAUGCCUGCCCUCCCCACCAUGUCUAGGACUGGCUGAACAGCCUGAUUCAACCCUUGCUGCACCUGGGAUGCUAUCUCGCCUGCGAAGGGUUUCAUCAACAACAGGAACAGUGGGUACUACAACCUCCACAUACAAUUACCCUCUGAGCUCCUAGGGAACAUACCUCCAGCCUGUGCCACCCAGGGAGCCAACCUUGAUGUCCCCAAUGGUGGUGUACUUAGUGGUGGUGGGUGGCACCCCCAGGGCAGCCUAUAUGUCCAGAUUCUACAAAAGGGCCUGUCAGACAGCCACAGCCUGCACCACCACGGAAUGCCAGUCACACCCUUCACAAUAGGCCAUGGUGUAACUGCUGGGAGUCAAAAUGGGUCCUUCCAAUUGUAGGAGCCCUUUACAGCUAUAAAAAGCAGCCACUGGAACCUAGAGACCCAUCCCAUUAAAGGAAGCCCCACCUCAGCCUCACAGACAUCCCCCUACGACCUUGCAGACUGUGACAUAAGAGUCAUCAAAGGUCUGCAAGACAGCAUGGUGGGCCAGUCCCACCUCCACCAGGAUGGCCAAGAGUUGGGUUCCAGCUCUGGGCGGCAGAGGGCAUCAUUCUCGUUUGGAGGUUCAAGGUGUCCUUUCUCAAGGGGAGCUGCUGGGCUCACUUAGCCUUGCUUAAACCCUUGCUCAGCACGUAGUCACAGAAGGCAGAGGAGUGGGCCUUAGCCUAGAGGUAGAGUCCUCAGGCCCUCGGGCUGGAAUCCAGGGGCCUGUGGUCCAUGGAGCCUCCCAGGACUGGGCUCGGCACUGAACUUGAGGACUGCUUUCCCCCAAAACUGGUCUUGCCUCCGCCACAUUGUCCUCUUCUGCUUCACUGUCCCGGUUCAGCAGUUACUAGCGCACGCAUUCACCACAACUUGGGUGACCCACAGGGAAAACGUGGGCCUUAACCGCAACCCCGCGCCCAUGGGCGGCGACCGGGUGCAGACUGUUCUGCUCCCGCCAAAGCCUUUCCUUCUUGGACACACCGAAAUAACAAGAGUUAGCUACAGCGCCCCCAUCCAACGCCAUUUUGGAGACUCACGCUCUUUCUCUCAACUUUGAACAAUGUCAAGUCAGAAGGGAGAGGACAAGAUGGCGCCGAGCAAAAGAAGCGGAGAAAAGCAGGAAGAUGAAUCUUGCUUCCACACUGGAAGCGUAAACAAAGGCGCAAAACAAGGAAGUGCGUGGGCGUAGAGCUUUGGCAAGCUUUAAAAUUCAAACAGCAGGAAGGGUGGCUCCAACACUUGGUCCCUGGACGAGACUUAUUUUACGGUACUGAAGGUGCAGUGGCGUUAAGAAUAGGGGCCGGUCCAGCUUUGCCGCGGGAAGACUAGAGGCGGAGUUCCUACAGCACGCAUGCGCACCGUCAGUCAACGACGGUCUGAAGAAACUGGCGGAAGCUACCUUUGCAAUAUGGCGUCCGAAGCUGACGGGCCGCUGAAACGGGUGCUGGUGCCGAUUCUUUUACCUGAAAAAUGCUACGACCAAUUUUUCGUCCACUGGGAUUUGCUUCAUGUCCCCUGCCUGAAGAUUCUCCUCAGCAAAGGCCUGGGGCUGGGAAUUGUAGCUGGGUCACUUCUGGUAAAACUGCCCCAGGUGCUUAAAAUCCUUGGAGCCAAAAGUGCUGAAGGGUUGAGCCUUCAGUCAGUAAUGCUGGAACUGGUGGCAUUGACUGGGACCAUGGUCUACAGCAUCGUCAACAAAUUCCCCUUCAGCUCUUGGGGUGAAGCCCUAUUCCUGAUGCUCCAGACAGUCACCAUCUGCUUCCUGGUUCUACACUACAGAGGACAAACUGUGAGAGGUGUGGCUUUCCUAGCCGGUUAUGCCCUGGUCCUGCUGGUGCUGCUUUCACCACUGACCCCCAUGGCCGUAAUUACCCUGCUCCAGGCCUCCAAUGUGCCUUCUGUGGUGGCGGGGAAGCUGCUCCAGGCAGUCACCAACUACCGCAAUGGGCACACAGGCCAGCUCUCAGCCAUCACAGUGUUUUUGCUCUUUGGGGGCUCAUUGGCCCGAAUCUUCACCUCCAUUCAGGAAACUGGAGAUCCCCUCAUGGCUGGAACCUUUGUGGUCUCUUCCCUCUGUAACGGCCUCAUUGCUGCCCAGCUUCUCUUCUACUGGAAUGCAAAGGCUCCCCACAAGAAAAAGGAGUAGUACGGUUGAGCAGGCUACUGGAGUCCAUUCCAUGUUUUUAUUCAUCCACCUAACCUCAGGGUCCUUCUGAGCCAGUCUGCUGGUGUGACUUAUUCUCUUCUCCUGAGCAGCUGCAGCUUCUUGACCUUGGGUUUGUGUUUAGUGGAAAGGCAUUGUUGGUAGGUCAGAUCUUUAGAAAGGAGUAAGAUAGAGAUUUUCAGGCUGACAUUGGAUAUCGUGUGCUGUCCUGUGUAUGCACUAUUUACUCAUUUGGCUGAGAUUCUCCCUUUAGCGAUUUCCAGCUACUUACCUAUUCUGGGCAAAAGCCUUGCCCUGCCCUCCCAUCUCCUCACUUCCUCUUUUGCAUAAAAGGACAGAGGCUGGACAAUGGAAGGGACUAGGAGCUUAAGUCUGCCUCCUUUCCCUCAGCCUGGCUGGCACUGUCUCCUGGACCCCAGAGCUGGAUGGGGGGCAGAGGAAGGGGGAUGGGGAAUGACUCAGACAGGGCCCCAGGCUGGGGUGAGGAAGUUCCUGCUCUGGCAGGUCCAGGCGGAAGGGAGUGGAGACAGUGCUGGUUCCUGCUGCGGUGAGGGGGGAACAGAGACGGGGCAAUAAAGACCCAGAGACAUGGCUUAAUUGUACAAAACCUUGUUCAUCCUACAAAAAAAUACAUAAAAAUAUAUUGUGUUGUU